GUGCCGAGCGCCCCCUGACAGGUGGCAGCUUCCAUCCCGGCCCAUAGCCCACCUGGGGUCGCAACACCAGCCGAUCCCCAAGUCACCGACGACGACGCCAAUUGUUCUGGACUUGGGACAUUCCAUCAUCAGCUACCCACUGAAAUCUGUUCCUCCAGACCCGAGUGCCCAAGAUGAGGGUUCUCAUCUCGCUCCUGAUGCUGGCCUCGGCCGCCCACGCCUUGUACUUCUUCAUCGACGCCGCGACCCCCAAAUGCUUCUUCGAGGAUCUGCCCAAGGACACACUCGUCGUGGGUCACUACGGAGCUGAGGAAUGGGACGACAGGUCGAAUUCGUGGCAGCAACACGCCGGCAUUUCCAUCUACAUCUCUGUGGACGAGAUUUUUGAUAACAACCACCGCGUCGUUUCGCAAAAGGGCUCAUCAUCCGGCCGCUUCCACUUCUCCGCCCAUGAGGCCGGCAACCACAAGAUCUGCUUCACCCCGAACUCCAGCUCCGGCCGCAGCGGCUGGCUAAGCACCAGCAGCCCGAACGGGGGCAUCAAGCUCCAGCUCGAUCUUGUCAUCGGCGAGACGAACGAGAUUGAGAGCAACGACAAGAACAAGCUUCAGGACAUUGCCUCGCGCGUAAAGGAUCUAAACGCUCGGUUGAAGGACGUAAGAAGGGAGCAGGUCUUCCAGAGGGAACGCGAAGCCGAGUUCAGAGAUCAGUCCGAGUCGACCAACAGCCGUGUCAUUCGCUGGAUCCUGAUUCAGCUUGUUGUGAUGGGUAUCACCUGCGUGUGGCAGCUGUCCAACUUGCGCUCCUUCUUCAUCAAGCAAAAGCUCACGUAAAAUAUGGCUGGAUUGUUUUGGGAGUUCUGGUCGGUAAGCGUUGGGGUUCAAAGCAUGGUACGGCAUGCGCAACCACAGGGUUGGGCGGCUUUUCAAUGUAGCAAUCAUCUGGGGCAAAAAUGGGAUCGCCGGUUAGGUCACUGGAGGCAGAGCAUGAACGAAAAGGGCACU